AGUUCACCUAGACUCCGUCCUUAAUUCUAACAAGUGGUAUCAGAGCAAUAUUAAGGACAUUGAGAGGAGUCUACAGAAGUGUGAAGACCCUUCUAGACCCACCAUGGCCUGUGGGUGUGCCUAAGUGGUGUUCUAAAUGUUGGAUGUGUCUUCCGCUAAGGGAAACUCUGCCGAAAUUUCGUGGACGCCGAUACUUGUGAAAAUAUCGAGGGAGCUGAGUGUGGACAGCAAAGGGGGGCUGAGAUUCGUCAUUUCUCAAGGAGAAGAUGAAUGAGAGAGGAGGAGAUGCUAAUGGAAGAGGAGCUGUAGCUGAGAAGACAAGGGACGAUGUGAAGCCGGUCCUUGACAAGAUCAAGGACACCUAUGCAAGGAUGGCAGCAGCGGGCAGCAGUGUAUCUCAGCUGCAGCAGUGCACCAAGAUCAUCUCAGUGUUGGACAACUCUUGGGACAACCUCAUCCCCACCCUCAACUCUCAGCAAGAUCAAUGGACACCUGAGUGGCUAAGGCAGCAGAUUCUGCAGGAGGACUUCCGCAGACGCCAUGUGGGAGGCGGUGCUGCCACUAAGACUGCUGAGGGGUAUGGAGCUGCAGGGCGCGGCAGAGGAAGAGGGGGUUGGAGAGACCGAGGCCGUGGGAGAAGCUUUGGCAGAGGUAGAGGCCGAGGUGACUAUAACGAGGGGCAUGGGAGCUCCAGUGGUAGGGGGAGUACCAGAAUGGAGGGCACCUGCUGGUACUGCAAGAAGGUCGGGCAUCCUUGGUUCAAGUGCUUUAGCAGGCCGGAGGGAUGGGCACCUCCAGGCAUGAAGCCGCCAAGUGGUGAACGCGCACAAGGUGGCGCUGUGCAAGGCUCAGGUGCACAAGGUGAAGGUGCACAAGGUAACGCCUAUCCUGGGAUGUAUCUCAUGGUUGAGGAUGUGCAUGGGCAUGAGGGUGAUGUGGGAUCUGUGGGAAAGGUUGUGAUGCACCCUCUCACGCACUGGGUGAUUGAUUCAGGUUGCACCAGUCACAUGACUCCACGGGCAGAUUUGCUUGAUGAGGUAAAACCCCCUGGGAAGAUUAAGUAUGUGGCAGCAGCGUCAGGUGCUUUGCUCCCUGUGAUUGGUGUUGGAAAUGCCAAGGUUAAGGGAGCUAAUAGGGAGCUUGUGGGGCUUGGGAAUGUUUUGUUGGUUAAAGGCUUGUCUCCUAACCUUCUCUCUGUGCGGCGACUGCAGAAGAGUAAGGCCGAAGUGACCUUUGGACCAACGAGCUGCCGUGCUAAGCUUGGGAAGAAGGUGCUGUGGAGUCUGGAAGAGGAGACCAGCUGCAUCAAGGACCUGUGGCAGCUGCCCAUCAUCCCUUGGAAUGGGAAGACUCCAACAGCAGCAACGGCAGCAGCGGCAAAGGCAACAGCAGGAGGAGAUGCAACUGCACCAACUGAUGGGGUCCUGGAAGCAGUCAAGAAAGUGCAGCAGCAGCAGACACAUGGUGAGGUGCUUGCUGGUGUGGAUGCGAGUGCAGCAUGGGCUAAGGCUUCAUCAAGGAGUGGAGAGGCCGAUUGGGAGACAUGGCAUGAGAGGUUGUGUCAUGUGAACUUCCCUAUGCUGCAAAAGUUGGUGAAGAAUGGGAGCCUGAAGGGCUUGGAGGUGAAAGGGGAAGUGAAAGAGAUUGGGAGCUGCCCUACAUGCUUGGAGACCAAGUUCUCCAAGUUCCCCUUCAACAGUGCAACAGGACCAGCCAAGACCCCACUUGCACUUGUGCACAUGGAUGUGGUGGGGCCCACAAGAGCCCCUUCCCUCUCAGGCAGCCGCUAUUUCUUGACAAUUGUGGAUGACCACACUCGGGCAGUGUGGGUUUACCCUUUGAAGAGCAAGGGGGAGGUGGCAGCAGCUGUCCUUAAGGAGUGGAUGCCUAGAGCUCAGAGGGAAUGCGGACACAAGGUGAAGGUGAUCCGCAGUGACAAUGGUGGGGAGUUCAUUGGAGCUGAUUUUGAGGGGGAGUUGAAGAGGAAGGGGAUCCAGCAUCAACUGACAGUGCCCUACAAUCCGCAGCAGAAUGGCGUGGCUGAGAGGUUCAACAGUACCCUGCAGGAGGGGGCACGCACUCUCCUUGGGCGUGCAGGGCUGCCUGAUCCGUUUUGGGUGUGUGCACUGAGGCAGGUCGCCCUUGUGAAGAAUAGGGUGCUGGCUACAGUUGGGGAUAAGGAGUGGAUCCCAUAUACCAAGUGGUAUGGGAGUGCUCCAGCUGUGAAUAUGCUGAGGGCAUUUGGGUGCAUGGUAGUGUUUCAUGUGCCUAAGGAGAAAAGAGGGAAGUUGGAGGCUUCUGGAAGAUGGGGUGUGCACUUGGGGAUUGCAAAGGAUCACAAGGGAUGGCUGCUAUGGGACUUGACCAUCCAGAAGCUGACAGUGUCAAGGGAUGUGAAGUUUCUUGAGUCCCUGUACUACAAGGAAUGGAAGCAGCAGCAACAGAAGCUUCCAUCUACACCACUCAUUGUGGAGGCAGAUGAGUUGCAGCAGCCUUCAAGGCAGGUGGAGGUUGCAGUGUCUGAGGAGGAGAUGUCUGGGGUGACUGAAGAAGGGGGAGCAGCUGAAGUGGAGCAGCAGCAGCAGCAACAUGAGUCUCCACCUCGAGUUCCACACCCGCCUGAGCGACCUAGGAGGGAUGUGCGCCCUCCUGUGAGGCUGACCUAUGGGGGAAGAGGCAAGCCAAAUGUGGUGCAGGCUGGGAGUGUGGUUGAGCAGAUUGAGGAAGAUGAGAUCGCUCACUGCUACUGGGCACCAAUCCCUGAGCCCAAGACUCGAGAGGAGGCCUUGAAUGGACCAAAUGGGGAGAAGUGGAAGGCGAGUGAGGAUGAGGAGUUCGGGUCCCUGAUUGAAAACGAGACAUGGGACCUGUGUGACUUGCCUCCUGGGAAGAAGGCAAUCACUUCCAAGAUGAUCUACAGGCACAAGUAUGGACCUGAAGGGGAGCUGACCCGCUACAAGUCUAGGUUUGUGGCACGGGGGUUUCAGCAGACAAAGGGGAAGGACUAUGAUGAGGUGUUUGCUCCUGUGGGGAAAGGAACAACACUGAGGGUGCUGUUGGCGAUAGCUGCACUCCUGGGAUGGAAGAUACGGCAGAUGGACAUUGUUACUGCCUUUCUGAAUGGGAUCAUUCUGGAGGAGGUGUACAUGAAGCAGCCAGAGGGGCUGGAUGAUGGGAGCGGCAGGGUCUGCAGGCUGAAGAAGGCCAUCUAUGGCCUUAGGCAGACGCCUCGUGCAUGGUAUCACAAGUUGGAGGAGGCGCUGUUGGCUGGGGGUUUCAAGAAGAGUGGGUGUGACCCCAGCCUGUUCCUGCUUCAGGAGAAGGAUGAAAUCCUCAUGCUCUUGGUGUACGUGGAUGAUAUCCUUCUCUUUUCUGCAUCAACUGCUUUGCUGGACAGCGCAGAGCAGAUGCUGGAGAUGCAGUUCAAGUGUUCCAAGAUGGGUGAGGUGAAGUACUACUUGGGGAUGCAUGUGGAGAGAGAUGUGGAGAAGGGUGUGCUGAGGUUGCACCAGAGGAAGUACUGUGAGGGGCUGGCUGAGAAGUAUGGGCUGCAAGAUGGGGGAAAGCCAGCAACACCACUACCUUCGGGGUUUACUGUGGAGCCAUGUGCUGAUGAGGAGGUAGUGCGUGAGAUGGGAUUGGAGUACAGUGGAGUGAGGCAGCGGUUGGAGAGAGGUGCUGCAGAUGUGAAGAGUGGAGAGAUGCUCUUGAGUUGCUAUACUGACGCUAGCUUCAACUCAGUGAAAGCGGAUGGCACCAGCAUUGGGGGUUAUGUGUGCUUGCUAGGAGGUGGUGCUGUGAGCUGGCGCAGCAAGAAGCAGAAUGAGGUGGGAUUGUCCUGAUGUGAGACUGAGUACAUGGCCUUACACCAUGGGGCCAAGGAAGUGGUGUGGCUGAGGCGCUUGUUGGAGGAGUUGGGAGUUGGUCAGGAGGAGCCGACAGUUGUGUUCUGUGACAAUGAGUCUGCUGUGAAGCUCGCCAAGAAUGCUUGUCUGCAUGGGCUGACAAAACACAUAAGGCCUAAGUGGCACUGGAUGUUGGUAUGGUGGUUGAUGGUUGGCAGCCAGAGGGGGAGAUUGUUGUGUGAUGUCAUCAUAUGCUAUCACAUUCUGUCUGCCUCCCAUCCCAUAUUUUUCAACUUGCAUGUGUGGUUUGAACGUGUGCAAGAAUUUGUGUGUGAUGUGUUCUGGAGUUUGGGAAUGUGUUUUGUGUUAUUUUGUUUGAGCAGGUUUUUUGUGAUGAUAGAUCUUGAGAAGAUCUUUCCGACGCAACGAGAAUCCCUUC